GGGGAUCCGGAGAGAGAAAGUUUAUUUGGGGGACAGUCCUAUCUGAGCUGGAAGGUGACAUGUCACAUUGGGAUGAGAUGAUGCAGUAGAUGCGGCCAGACAGCAGCUCCCAGCGACACAUCCGCAGAGCAGAGCGGAGCCCGCAGGCAGCCGGCAUUGGCCGUGUCACAGGCUUUAUAUAGGGAUGCGGGAUGUGCCUUGCGACAAGCUGCUGACUCACGUAUCCCGCUAAUCCCACAGCCUUAUGGUCCUAGCUGCGCGCUACUGCUCUGUAACGUCUAUUAAUAACCAAGGGUCGUUAGCGAUUUGACGCUGCCGCAGCGCUAACCACUCGCCAUGAUCGCCGCUGCUUUCCUUGUGUUGCUGCGACCCUACAGCAUCCAGUGCGCUUUCCUGCUGCUGCUGCUCAUGCUGGGCACCAUUGCUACAAUCUCAUUCCUGUGCUGCUGGCACCGCAAGCUCCAGAAGGGCAGACACACAAUCAAGAACGUGCUGGGCGGCCGGGCUAGGAGCAGAGGUAGGACAUAUGCCAUCCUGAGAUCUCACCAUUUUCGUUCGGAGGGAUUCAGGCCAAGUCCUCGUCAUCUAAGGAGAUACACACGAGCUCGGGUUGAGGAAACAAAGCCUCCAGUGGAGAUUCCACAGAGUGACCAGGAAACCCCAUCAUCACUAAGAAAAAGAAAAAUCAAGAAAAGCAGCCGGGUUCAGCCAGAAUUCUAUCAGUCUGUGCAAGUCACUCCAACUCGGAAGCCGAGCUCGGGCACGGCUUCCUAUCGCUGCUCCAUGUCUUCCUCGGCUGAUUUCUCCGAUGAUGACGAUUUCAGUCAAAAAUCUGGCUCAGCUUCCCCUGCUCCCGGGGACACUCUGCCCUGGAACCUACCGAGACACGAGAGGUGCAAGAGGAAGAGCUCGGGGGCAGCAGUGCUGGAUCCAGCGGAGAGGGCGGUUCUCAGGAUAGCUGAUGAAAGAGAUAAAGUACAGAAGAAGACAUUUACAAAGUGGAUAAAUCAGCACCUUAUGAAGGUACGCAAACAUGUUAAUGAUCUGUAUGAAGAUCUGCGGGAUGGACACAAUUUAAUCUCUCUUUUGGAAGUUCUAUCAGGAGACACCCUGCCAAGGGAACGGGAUUUUUUGAAGACCUUACGGUUGGUGAGUUCAUCAGAAGCAUGCGAGUAUGAUCAGCAUGAGGAUGUGGAGGAUGAGGAUGAGGAUAAGGGGCCUCGGGAAAAAGGCAGGAUGCGCUUUCAUAGACUACAGAAUGUACAAAUUGCACUCGACUAUUUGAAAAAACGACAGGUGAAACUAGUAAAUAUAAGAAAUGAUGAUAUAACGGAUGGGAAUCCCAAAUUGACUUUGGGCUUGAUAUGGACCAUCAUUCUGCACUUUCAGAUAUCUGACAUCCAUGUUACUGGAGAGUCAGAGGAUAUGUCUGCCAAAGAGAAACUACUUCUUUGGUCCCAACAGACAACAGAAGGAUAUGGAAGAAUACGUUGUGAAAACUUUACCACCUGCUGGCGAGAUGGAAGACUAUUUAAUGCCAUCAUUCAUAAAUACAGGCCGGACCUGAUUGACAUGGAUACCGUUGCUGUUCAAAGCAACAUUACAAAUUUAGAAAAUGCUUUUUAUGUAGCUGAAAAACUGGGUGUUACUAGACUUCUUGAUCCUGAAGAUGUUGAUGUCUCAUCCCCUGAUGAAAAGUCUGUAAUUACAUAUGUGGCAUCAAUGUAUGAUGUAUUUCCCAAAACACCAGAUGGAGGGGAGGGAAUCAGUGCAAAUGAUGUUGAAGUGAAGUGGAUAGAAUACCAGAAUAUGGUGAAUUACCUCAUCCAGUGGAUCAGGCACCAUGUUGUGUUAAUGUCUGAAAGGACGUUCCCGAAUACAGUUGUAGAACUUAAGGCACUUUAUCAACAAUAUUUACAGUUCAAAGAAAAAGAAAUUCCACCUCGGGAGACUGAAAAGUCUAAAAUCAAGCACCUUUACACUUUUCUUGAGCCAUGGAUUCAGUUUGGGCGAAUCAAGCUGGACCAGGGAUAUCAUCCGAAUGAUAUAGAAAAAGAGUGGGGAAAACUAAUUAUUGCCAUGUUUGAAAGAGAAAAGGCAAUAAGGCCUGAAAUCGAAAGGCUGGAAAUGCUGCAACAAUUAGCAAACCGAGUGCAGAGGGAUAGCUUGGGAUGUGAAGACAAACUAAUCCUGGCACGCAGUGCUCUCCAGGCUGAUGCCAAACGCAUGGAAUCUGGGAUCCAGUUACAGAAUGAAGCUGAGAUUACCGGGUACCUGAUUGAAUGCGAGAACCUUCUGCGGCAGCAGCUUGUUGAUGUCCAAAGUCUUGUGGAUGGAAAAUAUUAUCAAGCUGAUCAGUUGGUGCAGAGGGUUGCCUCAUUGAGAGAUGAGCUAUUGGCCUUAAGAAAUGAAUUCACUUCACUCUACAGCAAAGGACGUAUGUUUACAAAUGAUCAGACAAAACUUAUGAUAUCAGGAAUAUCACAAAGUCUCAGCUCAGGAUUUUCACAGAAUUUAAACCCUGUAAUGAACUCAACUAUGUCUCACAGUAUGACCCCUUCUCUGACACCAACCAGUCUCACACCGGGUAUGUCCCAUGGCUUUAAUUCUCACUUAACUGCUGCUAUGACACCACCAUUUUCACCCAACUAUAACUCGGGAUUGAUCCAGAACUAUGCAACAGGAAUGAAUACAAAUGCAUUACAGUCACUAAAACACAUACAGAUCAAGAAACCCUUACAGAAGUCAUCUCUUGCUGAUCAGAAUUUACCUGAAGAAGUAGUGAACUCAAAAUUUGUUCAAGACCUUUUAUCAUGGAUCGAAGAAAUGCAGGUGCAACUUGAUCGAGCAGAGUGGGGCUCAGACCUGUCCAGCAUUGAAGGACAUUUAGAAACCCACAAACAUUUCCAUAAUGCCGUAGAAGAAUUUGAGUCCAGUCUUAAGGAAGCAAAAAUGAGUGAGCUUCAAAUAACAGGAAUUUAUAAGGCCAAUUUUGCUGAAUCGUUAUAUAAACUUGAGAGUCAGUACUCCAAACUUUUGAAUUCGUCAAGAAACCGGCAAAAACAUUUAGACAUGCUUCACAGUUUUGUGUCCCGAGCCACAAGGGAGCUCAUUUGGCUUAACGAGAAGGAAGAGGAGGAAGUAGCUUAUGACUGGAGCGAAAGAAAUCAGAAUAUACAAGCCAAAAAGGACUAUCAUGGGGAAUUAAUGAGAGAACUCGACCAGAAAGAAGAAAUCAUCAAAUCAGUACAGGACAUCGCUGAGCAGAUGCUUCUUCAAAACCAUCCUGCAAGAUCCACAAUUGAAUCUUAUAGAGCUGCUAUGCAAACUCAGUGGAAUUGGAUCCUGCAGCUUUGUCACUGUGUGGAACAACACAUACGGCAGAACUCUGCCUACUUUGAGUAUUUUAAUGAUGCCAAAAAUGCAGCUGAAUAUCUGAAGAGUUUAAAGGAUGCAAUACUAAGAAAAUACAGCUGUGAUAAAUCGACCAGUCUGCACAAAGUGGAAGAUUUGCUCCAGGAGUCAAUGGAGGAAAAGGAGCAGCUUUUACAGUACAAGAGCACAGUCGCCAGUCUUGUUGGAAGAGCAAAGGCAAUUAUUCAGCUGAAACCACGGAAUCCAGACAACCCACUUAAAGCAUCCAUACAAAUCCGAGCUAUCUGUGAUUACAAGCAAAUUGAGAUCACUAUUUACAAAGAUGAUGAAUGUAUAUUAGCAAGCAACUCACACCGUGCUAAAUGGAAAGUAAUCAGCCCCACUGGUAAUGAAGCCAUGGUGCCUUCUGUGUGCUUCACAGUGCCACCCCCAAAUAAAGAGGCAGUGGAUUCAGCAAACAGGAUUGAGCAAAUGUAUCAAAGCGUCCUGACUCUAUGGCAUGAAUCUCAUAUAAACAUGAAAAGCACUGUAUCCUGGCAUUACCUUAUGAAUGAGAUUGAAGGCAUCCGGUCCAGCAAAGUCUCCACAAUCAAAACCUUGUUGCCAGGUGAGCAUCAACAAGUGUUGAGCAAUCUGAAGUCCCACUUUGAUGAAUUCUUAGAAGACAGUCAGGAAUCCAAGAUUUUUUCUGUGUCCGACAUUACACAACUUGAAAGAGAAGUCAAUGUUUGCAAAUUAUACUACGAAGAGCUUCUACAGUCUGCAGAAAGAGAGGAACAGGAAGAAUCUAUUUAUAAUUUGUAUGUAUCUGAGAUCCGAAAUUUCCGCCUAAGGAUGGAAAAUUGUGAAGACCGACUUAUCAGACAGAUCAGAACACCAUUAGACAGGGAUGAUCUUCAUGAAAGUGUGUUAAGGAUUGCUGAGCAGGAGAAAUUAAAGAAGGAAUUAGAUCACCUUAAAGCUGAUUUAUCAACAAUAUCUGAGAAAUGUGAAGAAUUCUUCAGUCAAGCUGCUACCUCACCCUCUAUAGAGACGCUACGCACUGAGCUGAAUAUUGUUAUCCAGAAUAUGAACCAAGUGUACUCCAUGUCUUCCAUUUACCUGGAAAAAUUAAAGACCAUCAAUUUGGUGCUGAAGAACACACAAGGAGCAGAAACUAUUGUGAAGCUCUAUGAGACCAGACUGUGUGAAGAAGAUGCAGUUACUGCUGACAGAAAUGGAAUUGACAAACUUGAGACUACCUUAAAGCUGUGGCGGUCCGAGGUUGAUGAACAACGGGAGGUUUUUCACGCGUUAGAAGAUGAGCUGCAAAAAGCCAAAAAUAUCAGCGAUCAAAUGUUAAAAGUUCACAAGGAGCGAGAUCUAGACUUUGACUGGCACAAGGAAAAGGCAGACCAGCUUGCAGAGAGAUGGCAGAACAUUCAUUCUCAGAUUGAAAACAGAUUACGUGAUCUGGAUGGCAUAAGUAAGUCUUUGAAAUACUACAAAGAAUCAUAUGGGACACUGGACUCUUGGAUCAGUCAGAUAGAAGAAACACAAAGUAUGCUUCAGGAAAACCUGCCUGAAAAUAGCAAGGCUCUGGCAAAGCAAUUGGAUCAGCAGAAGAUGCUGAUUUCAGAGAUAGAAAUGAAACAAAGUAAGAUGGAUGAAUGCCAGAAGUAUUCUGAGCAAUUUUCUUCUGCAAUUAAGGAUUAUGAAUUGCAGUUAAUGACAUACAGAGCAAUGGUGGAUUCCCAUCAAAAGUCACCCAUGAAGCGCAGAAGGAUUCAGAGUUCUUCAGAUGCAAUUGUGCAAGAGUUCAUGGGUUUAAGGACCCGUUACACUGCCUUAAUUACCUUAAUCACACAACUGGUUAAAUUUUCUGGUGAGACCUUGAAGAGGAUGGAGGAAGAAGAGAAGUCUUUGGAAGAGGAAAAGAAAGAGCAUGUAAAGAAAGCAGGGGAAAUACUGAAUUGGGUGUCUAAGGUAACACAAACGUUGAGCAAAGAAGGAGGACAAGCCAGUUCAGAAAAGACACCCAUAUCUAAGUCUCAGAUAUCGUGUGAUGAAAUAGCAAUGAAGCAGGAAGAAAUUUCUGAUGCUCUGCAAACCUUGCAAUUGCUUUUAGCCAAGCACAAUGAAAGAUUGACAGAUGAGGAAAGAGAAGAAAUUGAAAAGCAAGUUAAGGCAUUACAAGAAAGCCAAAGUUCCUUAUCGAAAGAAUAUAAAAGACAGCAGAAAGAAGAAAAAGAUUUGGUAGAUAAACUUGUGGAACAGAAGGUGGAUAAGGUUGUGUCAGGCACCAUUGAUGAGACAACUGGGACAGUUCAUUCCGUAUAUCAGUCUAUAGUGCAAGGUUUUGUUGAUUAUGAAACUGGAAUGCGGCUGCUCGAGAUGCAGUUAAUUGUUUCAGGGCUGGUAUCACCAGGAUUAAAAAUAUGUUUUGAUAUUGAAGAAGCUAAGAAUCAUGCACUUAUUGAUGAGCAAAUUGCUAUACGACUUCAAGACUUAUCCGAUGCUAAAAACAUUACUUCAUCUCUCUCUACAGUUGACUUUCCAAUAAUAGGUGCUCUUAAUCAGGGAUUAAUUUCAGAAUCUAUUGCCAUUAAAAUGAUAGACAUUUUGCUGUCAUGUGGGUGUCUUUAUGUAUGUGGCAUUGAUGAGCACCUUAACUUGAACAAACUUUUCCAGAGAAACCUUAUUUCAGCAGUCUUAUUUUCAAAACUUAUUGACAGGCAAAAGGCAGGAAAAGACCUUAUUGAUCCAAUAACAGCUGAAAAGGUAAAUGUAACAGAAAUCAUCCAGAGAUGUGUCACAAAUAAACAAACAGGAAUGAAGUUUCUACCAGUUAAUGUACAAGAUACAGGCAAAAUUACAUUAAAAUCUGGACGGAAAAUCAAUGUUUUAAGGGCAGCACAUGAAGGCAUUCUGGAGCGUGAAAUCAUGUUUAGAAUGCUUGGAGCACAGAUUUUUUCAGGAGGCAUAAUUGAUCCAGACUCUGGGAGAAGAUUGACACUCGAAGAGUCACUAGAGAAAGGAUUAAUUGACCAGGGCACAGUUUGUGGAAUAUUAACACAGCAAGUUCAGAAUGGGGGAAUUGUUUGUCCAUCUACAGGAAAAUAUUUAACAGUGGAUGAAGCUGUUCAGUGUAACUUGAUAUCGUACAGCAGUGCUUUGUUAGUCUUGGAAGCACAAAGAGGAUUUAUUGGUCUGAUCUGGCCUGAUACCAGUGAAAUUUUCCCAAUUUCAACAUCUUUACAACAAGGAAUGAUUUCUAAUGAUUUAGCAGAGAAAAUUCUAAGAAAUAGGCAAAAAAUUGCUGGUUUAUAUAUUCCAGAAACUUCUGAAAUUAUUCACCUGGAUGUAGCUGCCCAGUUAGGUGUUAUAGAGAAUAACACAGCAACUGUUCUAAGUAAUAUUCAGUUGCAUGAUAAAAUGCCAAACAUAGAUGUACUAGAACCAACAUGUAAACAUGCAUUAAAAUGUAUGCCUUCUUAUGAGUCACAUGCUUCUCCAGUUGAGGAAUUGUCUGAAAAAAAAAGUUCUGAUACAGAAGAACCAUUAACACAUAAUCCAGAACACACAAAGCAGUUAUUCUACUCAUACCUAAUGAUAAACAGCUACAUUGAUGCAAAUACAGGGGAACGACUUCUGCUGUUUGAUGGGGAUCUUGAUGAGGCUGCCAGCAUGCUGCUCGAGUCUGAGCAUAUCGUUCACACUACCAGCAUAACCAGUGAAGAACAAAACUUUGACUCUAAAUAUGAUGAAUUCAGUUCCCAUGUAGUACCAGGCCUAGACAUCAAUGAUACAGGAAUGGACUGUUUGGACUGUGAAGAAAAUAUUCCAAUUACAAUUGUAACAGACCUUGAUGAAAACUUAUUCCAGGGGCAACAAAAUAACUCUGUGUACUGUGAUCUAGAUGGUAAUGGCAUAUACGCAGAACAGCAUAAAUAUAAUUUGGGGAAUAUAGAAAACACUGGUGUUGGUGAUCAAGAAAAAAUAGCUGAAGGAGAGCAUGCUCAGUUGCAAGAAUUACAGUUUGUUGACGAUAAACAGAACCAUGUUGAAUGGCAAGGGCUUACACCUUGUCAAGAUGAUCAAACUUCUGUUAAUUCCAACUCUCAUGUACUAAAGCCUUUGGAAUCCAGUACUCCAAAAGUAGGUUCAAUGCAUUCUCAUAUUGAUGAAAACAGUCUGGAUACAUCAAAGAUGCAGCACGAUAUAGUAAAUGAAGAACCUGCAGAACCACACCAUUCUAUGCCAGGGAAUAUUAUAUAUGAAGAAACUAUAACAACAUUAAAUGUCCAGAUUGGGGAACAACAGAUAGAUACAAAAGACACCAUUCCCUUAUUUAAUACCGAAACUUUUGCUGAUGAACUAGAGACUCAGGUUAGUUUCAUAAGUAAUAUUUCUUCUGAUAACAAAGGUACGACUAUAGAACCUCAUUUGAGUGAUAGCAGUUGUCAAAUAGACUGUGGCAUAGGCUAUGAAACACCACAGCAUAAACUUAGUUAUAGUGAUGGCUAUAUCACUCCAACCAAUAGUGAACAUGAACGUUUUACACUUAAAAUCACUCCAACCAAUAGUGAACAUGAACUUUUUACACUUAACACAGUGGCAGAGUUCAGCUCUGACUCAAUGAAAGCAGAAAUAUGCAAUAAUACCCAUGCUAAUUUAACCCAUACUACAAACAGUAAUGAGAACUAUGAAUGCAGUCCUGAAAAUGUCUUGAAACACUCUUGUGGAACUUUGCAAAUUCACAGUGAUGAUACAUCAGAUCUUGAAGAAAAGGGGAGUGAUGAUGAAAUUGAUUUCAUUUCUCAGUAUGACAUAAUCAGUAACAAAUUUCAAACUAUUGGAGGAAAUAUUGCAGAGGACAGAGAUCUUACCGAUUCCAGUUCAGACGAUGACACAUCCUAUUAUAAUGAAAAUGAUAUUGAGAAGGCGGUCGUAGCACGAGAUCAUCAGUUUCUGGAAACUAUUAUUGAAGAGGAUUUGGAAAGUAUCAUGUGUUCUGAAGAACGGACCUCACCUGUUACUGACAAUGUAUUAGUUAUGCCAGAAGUUGCUUCUUUAGUUAACUUAGUGCAAGACAGUUGCAAAGGUGAUGAAAAAGAAGAUGAACCUGAGGUGGACAACAAGGCAAAUAACUUUGAAAAUGGUUCUCAUUACUUAAUAAAUGAAGAAAUAGAAGAUGAAUUUACUGAAAGCUGCUUUAGUGAAACUGAUAUUGAGUGUUUUGUUACAGAUGAAACCAACACUGAUGAAGAUUAUGAGACUGAAUUAUCUACAAAUGAGCAAAGUAUUUUUAACAACACAUGUAUAUUUGAUCCAAGCCAGGAAAGUGAAAAAAGUUUGACCAACUCCUCUAAUACAAUUUGUUCAUUGUAUCAAGCAAAUAAUAGCGAAUAUGCAGAAUAUGUUUCUCUUUCAACAUCUACAAAUGUAUGUUGUACUGAACUGGAUGAUGAAGAUGAAAGGGAAAGGCCGUGCUCAAACAAUAACACUCCUGAUUCUGUAAUAAAGAAUUAUCCUACCAUUGAAACAGCUACAUUAGAGUGUACAGAGAAUGGUAUUGUAACACAAAAAACAUGUGAUAAACUACAAACAGGUGAAGAAUUUAACGCAGAUGAUAAUGUGUGCCUGUCUAUAAAAAGUAUCGACAACUUAAGUGUUUUUUCUAUAAUUCCUGAUGCAAACCCAGAAGUGUCAGAACUAUGUAAGUCAAUGAAUUCGGAGUCAAACACUUUGGAAACUAAUGUGCCUGCUACAGAAAUAAAAAACAGUAGUGUUUAUGCUCCUAAUUUAGAUGACUGUUUACGAACAGAUGAUAAAACAACAAUAUUCAGAACUAAUGAAAAUGUAGAAGAAAUAAUUCCAUUGCCAGAAAAGCAACAAAAUAGUGAUUGUGUUUCAAACCCUAGUCCCAUUCACAUUGAAAACUUGAGUACAAUUUUUGACUCUUUACUCCAUAAAGCUGGCAAUGAUGUUUUGGAGUUAAAUGUAGCGACAGAUGUGUCAGAAACUUUGAAAAACACCAGUAUCAAAAAUACAGAUCCUAAAUCUGAAGACAAAGAUAGGGAUUUGGCAAGUUACCUUAGGGGAUGUGCAAGUAUUCUUCAGGCAAACCAAGAAACUGGAUGUACUCCCUGUUCUGAAGCAGAUGUGAUUUUUGCUGAGAAUAAACUAGAUUCCACAACUGAUACAAAUAAUUUAGGUCUUAAUAAUGGUGUGCCUGAAUUCCAAGAUCAGGCAAGAACUGAUCGGGACGUAAACAAUCAACUGGAUGGUGAACAAGUAUGUAAUUAUGUGGAGUUCGGUGCUAAAGAGGGAAAUAUGAGGGAACGCACAAAAUAUAAAGAUAAUUCAGAUUUAUCUGACAAAACAAAAGAGUAUUUAGUUGAGAGUAAGUUAAAAGAAAUUAAAAGACAUACAGCCGAUGAAACACAAAUAGGGCAUCAUUCUACAGCAUGUGUUUAUUUUUCCCAAGAAGAGAAAAUAUUACAGUCAGAACCAGAUUAUCCUGACAGUUCUACCACAGAUGUGAAAGAAGUGAAGAACAACAGCCAUGCCAUAUUUGGCUUGUCUGGUAUUGACCUGGAUGAAAAUCAGCUCUGUCCUAAUCAACAAGUAGAAAAACUUGGACAUAUAGACAAUCACAUUGCAUACAGUGACACAGUACUAGUGCAGGAACCAAACCGUCCCAAAUUAAUCUCUUCUCAACUGGAGCAAAUAUUUUAUGUUCCCCCAGAUUCUGAAAAUAAGAACAAGAUUGAAGAACUGCUUAUUAAUAUUAACAAAGGUCUUUAUCCAAGUGAAAUGGUGAGCUAUUCUUCAAAAACACAUAGUUCCGAGAGGCAAGAUAAUAAUCCAACUAUGAAUGCUGCCAGACAGAGUGAUACAUUUGCUCAGGCAGAAUGUGCACUAAAAUCAAAACAUGCACAAAACUCAGAUACACUGCCUUCUAAGUACGAUCAAAAGACCGAUGACCAAAAAACACAACCUAAUCCUAAAGAUGUGUCUACAACAGUUGAAGCUGAAGAAUGCCUUUCAUCAGAUAUGUUAUCAAUGACAUUAAGUCAGUGCUCCCAGAAAUUAUGUGAACACCUUACUGUAAUCCAGGAUUUAAAAUUUCAAUUAGACAGCCUGCCAUCCAUCAGUGACAAUUUGGAAACUUUAAAAAUACAACUUGAACAGACAGAGUCAUUUGUAUCAAGGCUGAAUGUACUUUCUGCUGAUGUGAAAAAAGAUCUGAAGGCUACAGAGCCUUUCUUAAUGUCUGUGCCUGGUGACCUUGCAACCGAACAUCUGAGGGAAUUAAAUGACUGUUUGGCGAAGGCCCUUGCUUUAGUUUGUGAUAUGUCUUCAGAUCGUGCUAAACAGAUUGCUUCCAGUGUUGACACUGAGAUGUCUAAAUUAACAGUUUCAUACCAGGAGCUCCUAAACAGACUACAGAAUCUGUCAGAUUGGAUCCAAGAGAAACACAAUUCUGUGGACGUAUUUGUGAACAGUAAUGACAUGGAGAUGGUGAAACAAAGUCUUAAAAUCCUUAAGGAACUGGGCACACAUGCAUCAGUGAAAAAGACAGAGUUGGAAACGACAGCAUUUGAUAUCCAAUUUUUGAUAUCAGAACAUGCCCAAGAUCUUUCUGCCAUUCAAAGUAAACAGCUAUUAAGACUCCUAAACACAACACAGAGGAGUUUUCAGGAAGCUCACAAAAAGAUUGCAUCACAGAUUGAAUCUUUGAAAAGUGCUCUGGUGGCAGCACAAGACCUGAGUGACCAGAAGGAUGCGGAAGUACAGUUACAAGAACACAAAGAAAAACUACAGGAAAUCGGUCAUCUACUCACACAGACAGAAAACCGACUGAUUGGUCAGCAAGAUACCUUCUCAGCACAUGACAGCCCUGCUGACUUAAAGCUUCACCAAAAUGAAUACCAGGAGCUGCAGAAGGAUAUGCAUGCUGGGGCCAGCGAACUGGCAGAGAUAGUAAAAAACACAGAGAAAUUUCUUCAGGACUACGGGGAUAAACUUUCACCAGAGGACAGAGCUGUCAUUGAGCAAAAAUUAAAGGAGGCAAAAAGCAAGUUUGAUCUUCUCAGCAAAAGAGCAGAAGAAUCCAAAAAGCAACUGGAUAAUGCACUUACUUCUGCAAUUAAAAAAGAAACUGAAAAGUCUGCUGCUGUGGAACAGUUAGAAGAAAGCAAAAACAAAAUUGAAAGUCUCUUGGAUUGGCUGUCAUGUGUGGACAAAGAAGCAGUGAAUGGCAACAAUGUGUCAAAAAUGAAUAUAAAACAAAAUGGAACAAACCAUCAAGACCAGGACCUAAACUCUUUGCUUGAUGGAAUAGAAGAGGUUAAUGGGAAUCUAAUACAAACAGAUGGGAAAGAGGAAACUGUAAAUGUUCUCAAACAAGAUAAAGAAGAUUUAAGCAGUCAAUAUCAAAGAGCAAAGGCGCAACAUGACAAAAUUGUCUCACAGCAUCAGGCUGUUAUUAUAGCUACACAGUCUGCCCAAGCAUUACUUGAAAAACAGGGUCUGCAUCUGUCAACAGAAGAGAAAGCAAAGUUGCAAAAAGAUAUUUCAGAUUUAAAAGCCCAGUAUGAGACAGCACUUUCUGACUCUGAACGAAAGAUGAAGGUAAUACAAAACGUACAAGAAGAGUUAGAAAAGUUUUCUACAGACUGCAUUGAAUUUGAAAACUGGCUUCAGGAGUCUCAGUGUGAAUUGGAAGAACUGGAAUCUGGGCCUGCAGAUUUUGCAGCAAUCGAUAUAAAAUUUCAGAGGCAAAAAAGCUUCUCAGAAGAUGUGAUAUCUCACAAAGGGGACCUACGGUACAUCACUAUAUCAGGACAGAGGGUUCUGGAUGCAGCAAAAUCUUGCAACAAAGAUGACGACAACAACAAUGUUAACACACUGGAAACAUGCAAGAUGGUACAGGAAAGGUUGGAUACAGCUUCAGAGAAGUUCAAGUCCUUGCACUCUAAGUGCAAUGUUCUUGGAAAUAACUUGAAGGAUUUAUCUGACAAAUGCCAGCAUUACCAGGAUGCCUCAUCCUCCCUACUAAAAAGAAUAGAGAAAUCUGAAUCUUUUGUAAACAAAAAACUUUCGGAGCCUAUUGCCUCCGAUACAAAAAAUGUGCAAAGACAGCUUGAAGAUACAAAGGUGUUGUGUGAACAGGUAUCUGCUCACCAGGCUGAUGUUGAAAAACUCAAGAAAGCAGCGGAAGUACUUAUGGAUUCCAAAGGAGGCCUUUCACUAAACAAAGAUGAGAUCCAAAAGCCCCUUGAUGAUAUAGUGGGAAGAUACAACACUCUAUCUCAGUCAGUAAACGACUGGAAUGAAAAUCUCCAGGUUACAUUGACUCGCUCACUUAGUGUUCAGGAUGGUUUGAAUGAAAUGCUGGACUGGAUGAAUGGGGUGGAACGAGAUUUCAAAGAUCAACAUCAAGUCCCACUGAAUUCUUCAUCUAUCCAGGAAAUUAUUACAAAAAAUAAUAUUUUAGAACAAGAUAUUUCCAACCGCCAGAGCAGUAUUAACACCAUAAACGACAAAGUCCAAAAAUUUGUGGAAACAGCAGACCCAUCAACAGCAUCUUCUUUACAAGCAAAGAUGAAUGAACUGUUUCACCGUUUUUCCAAAGCUGGUGAACUUGCCAAAGAGCACACUGCACAGAUGGAGGACCUGAAGACGAAAGUUGAGCUGUUUGAGAAACUAUCAGAUAAAGUUAAUUCAUUUCUGGAUCAAAAGCUUCAGUCUCUUACAGAGACAGGUGGCCCUGGAAAAGAUGUGACAGAGCUUUCUCAGUAUAUGCAGGAAACAAACUGCGAGCUAGCAGACCACAAGAAAAACUUGGAAGACUUGCAGAUGCUUGUUGAAGAAAUAUGUGUUUAUGGUAUUCCUGGAGACAAGGCACUUGCUUUGGAAAAAGUAAAAACAAUGCUGAAAAGUUUUAAAGAUCUUGAAGAGACUGUGAAGGCAAAGGAAGAAGAUGUGUCUUCUUGCCAAAAUGAAAUGGAUGCUUUUAAGUCUUUAGUUCAGUCUUUAAAGAAAUGGCAUGCAUCAGUCAUUGAGGAAAUACCUGCUGCUUCAUCAACAUUUUGUGUAGAAGAAUUAGCUAAACAUUUGAAAAAGAGCAAGAGUUUGCAAGAAGAAUGGUCUCAGAAAGGCCCAGAGGUGCAGAAAGUUAAUAGCAAUGGGGCAGUUCUUUGUAACUUAAUCAGCACUGUGACUUCGCCUGCAAAAGUCAGAGCAUCAGGGAAAUCAGGUAGGACUUUUAUAAACGGGACAGUGACAUCUGAUGCCAAAGAACAACUAACUAAUAAAGAGCUAGUUAAUGUAGAAAAGGAGAUAUCAGAUGUAAAUGAAGGCUAUCAGCACUUGGGAGAUUUGUUAAAAGAAAAAGUGUCUGAGUUGGAGAAGUGGCUUUCACAAAUGCAACAAGUGCAAGAAGAAACGGAUGCAUUAAUGACUUGGCUUAGCAAAAUGCAGGUCGAGACUGCAGAAUGGGAGCAUCCAACAGACAGUGUUUCAGUGAAAGCCCAGAUAGAACAGCAUAAGAGGUUUGUAUCUGGAAUAAAGCAAAAAGAAAAAAGUGUCGAAAUGCUGAAGGAUAAGUUGAAAGAUCUGCUUCUAGCAAACCCAGAUGCACCAGAGUCAUCCAAGUGGAAAGAAAUGCUGGAUAAAAUAGAUUCUUUAUGGCAAGACAUUAACAAGAUGGCAUCUGAAAGACAGCAAACUUUAGAGGAGUCUUCAAAUGAUCUGACACAGUUCCAGACAGCAGAGGCGCAGCUGAAACAAUGGCUUACCGAGAAGGAACUCAUGGCCAGUGUACUUGGGCCACUCUCAAUUGAUCCAAAUAUGCUGAAAACUCAAAAACAGCAAGUUCAGAUCCUUCUGAAAGAAUUUGAUGCUCGAAAACAGCAGUAUGAACAGUUUAGCUCUGCAGGGCAGAGGAUCCUUAACAGGCCCUGUGAGCUCCCUUCCAGUGAUGAAGUUGUGAAAGAACAGUUGGCAUCUGUAGCAUGUAAAUGGGAAAGUCUAACAGGACAAUUGAAUGAUAGAUGUGAUCGCAUUGAACAGGCUAUUGUCAAAAGCACACAUUAUCAGAACAAUUUAAAGGGCCUCUCUGAGAAACUAAGUUCCAUGAGUACAACAUUAAGCAGCAAUAUGGUGGUGAGCUCCCAUCCUGAUGCUGUCAAACAAAAACUCCAGACAGCAAAGCAGCUUCAGGAAGACUUGUCUAAAGAAAAGAACAACAUAGAAGAGACCAAAGUCCUCUGCCAGGAACUGUCAGAUCUGGUGGCAGAAGAGUACAUGAAAGCAGAAUUAAAUAGGCAAUUGGAUACUGUUGUAAAGCCAUUUGUGGAGUUGGAAGAAAAAGCAGGUUAUCAUGUGGAUCAGCUACAGAUGGAUUUUGCCAGUUCCCAGAAGUUUCAUCACUUGUCUGAAGAUCUUCAGUCUUGGAUACAAACUAAAGGAAAAGAGCAAAAUGAAGCAGCACCAAUUUCAGCCAAGCUUGAUAUCUUAGACACAUUAAUCACACAGCAGACAGAAGUACAAAAUGCUCUAAAGCACCAACUCAGUACCUAUGAGAAAAUUACUGCAGAAGCUGAAAAUCUUCUACAGAAAACAAAAGGUGAUGAAAAAGCAAACCUACAGUCUGAACAGUCGAUUCUCAAACGUAAUUGGGAAGCCAUUAACAAGCAGGUUUUGGAAAGGAAAAAUAAUUUGCUUGACUGUCAACAGAAGGCUACCAAAUACAAGGAGUUGGUAGAAAAUAUUCAACCAUGGAUAGAGGAAUGUCAGCAAAAACUGUCUGAAUUUACAGUUUCUGUAGAUUUAGGCACCAUUGAGAGUUCAGUUGGGCAAGUAAAAGUUCUGCAAAAAAAUGUUGAUAAGCAGAGGGGAAUGAUGGAGACCUUAAACAGCGCAGCAGAGAGCCUACUAAACUGCUGUCAGACAGAUAAAGAAGAGAUCACUGAGCAAAAUAAGAACAUGAACAGUCAGGUUGAAGAACUUAUUGACAAUUUGCAUAUUAAGAGGGACACACUGGAGAAAUUUGGGAUUCGUCUCAAGGAAUUUCAUGAAUCUGUUAAAGACACGGAAAAGCAGCUGGCUGUAGCCCAAGAGCAUUUAGACACUCACAACUCCCUUGGUCCUCAAGGUUGUAGUAACAAACACCUUACAAUAAUGCAAGCUCAACAAAAGGUUCUUCAGAUCCUAGAACCUGAAAUAGACACUGCCAGAAGUCUGGCACAGCAACUUGUGGUAGACGCCUCUGAUGCAGAAGGAGUUACUGAACUACUUCUUCAAGCAGAGUCACUUCAGCAAAAACAUCAUAUUAUCCAUCAAGAAAUAGAAGAAAAAUGUUCAUUCUUAGAGACUAAACUGCAAGGAAUUGGACAUUUCCAAAACAGCAUUCGAGAGAUGUUUUCUCAGUUCACAGAGUUAGAUGAUGAACUUGACAGUAUGGCUCCAGUGGGAAGAGAUCUUAAUAAACUACAGGGUCAAAAACAGGAGAUAAGCAACUUCCUAAAGAAACUGAGUGAUUUAAUAACAACUAAUGAAAAUGCAAAUAAGACCUGUAAGAAAAUGUUGGAAACUGAGUCAUCACCCGAUCUUAUUGGCAUUAGAAGGGAUCUAGAAGCAUUAAAUAAACAGUGUAACAAAUUACUUGACAGAGCAAAAUCCAGAGAAGAGGAAACUGAGAAUAUCAUAACUCGAACUGAGGAGUUUUAUAGUACACUUAAACAAUUUGUUGACCAACUUAAGGGUGUAGAGGAACAUGAAGAGUCCCAAGGUGCUGUUGGCAUGGAAACAGAUGUCAUUAACCACCAAUUAAACAUUUUUAUGGCUUUCCAAAAGGAAGAAACUGAUCCUCUUCAAACCCGUCUGCAAGAGGUGAAUCGGUUGGGUCAGGGCCUUGUCCAAAGCGCUGCUAAAAAUACUAGCACUGAGAACUUGGAACAUGAUCUGGAGGAAGUGAACGUGAGAUGGAAUACUCUGAAUAACAAGGUUGCUCAGAGGGCUGCUCAGUUACAAGAAGCUCUCCUUCACUGUGGAAGGUUUCAGGAUGCUCUGGAAUCUCUUCUAAGCUGGCUGACAGAUACAGAAGAACUGAUUGCCAGUCAGAAACCUCCAUCAGCAGAGUUUAAAGUGGUGAAAGCACAACUGCAAGAGCAAAAGUUACUUCAGAGACUCCUGAAUGACCGCAAACCUACCGUUGAUGUAAUAAAACGAGAAGGGGAAAAGAUUGCUGGUUCUGCUGAUCAAGCAGAUAAAGAAAAGAUCUUGAAGCAACUGAAUGCUUUAGAGCAUAGGUGGGAUGAGCUGCUGAAAAAAGCAGAGAUAAGAACUCGCCAGUUGGAUGGUAUUUUAGUUGUAGCAGAGCAAUUUCAUGAUUCCUUUGAACCGAUAUCUGAAUGGCUCACCUCCACUGAGAAAAAGCUUGCAAUCUCAGAACCCAUCGGUACACAGACAGCCAAACUUCUGCAGCAGAUUUCACAACAAAAGGCCUUAGAAGAUGACAUCACAGCUCAUAAUAAAAGUUUACACCAAUCCCUGAGCAUUGGGCAGGCUUUAAAAUCCUUGAGUUCAAGGGAAGAUAAAGAGAUGGUACAGGAAAAAUUAGACACUUACCAGACACGAUAUUUGGAGAUCCAGGACAAAAGUUGCAGGAGGUGUGAACUACUGCAUCAGGCCUAUUGCAAUGCUCAGAUAUUUGGGGAUGAUGAGGUUGAACUGAUGAAUUGGCUGACAGAAGCUCACGACAAGCUGAGCAAGCUCACAGUUCAAGAUUACAGCACUGAUGUGCUCACCAGACAACACACUGAGCUGCUGCUUCUUCAGGAAGAUAUCAUGCUUAGGAAGCAGAAUGUUGACCAGGCCAUCCAGAACGGAGUGGAGCUGCUAAAACAAACCACAGGGGAUGAAGUUGUAAUCAUUCAGGAAAAGUUAGAUGGCAUCAAAUUAAGAUAUGCCGAAAUCACAAAGUUAAGUUCAAAAGUGUCCAAAAUAUUAGAUCAGGCUCUUCAUCUUGCAACCCAGUUCCACUCAACUCACGAGGAACUUAGCAGGUGGCUGGACACGGUGGAAGUGGAACUAAAAGAAUAUGAAACACAGACCUGUUCUGCGGAGGAUCUGACCAUUGUACAGGAAAGGAAAAAGGAGCUUAAGCAAGAAGCUAAGGCCAGUAAGGCUUUGUUGGACUCUCUGAAUGAUGUCAGCAGUGCUCUGCUAGAACUAGUACCAUGGAGAGCAAGAGAAGGGCUUGACAGAAUGGUGACAGAGGAUAAUGAACGCUAUAGAUUAGUAAACGACACUCUAACGCAAAUGGUGGAAGAGAUAGAUGCUGCCAGAGUGAGAUCUCAGCAGUUUGAGCAAGCUGUUAAUGCAGAGUAUUCAUGGACUAAAGAAGCAGAAAAUAAAUUAAGGUCAUUAGGUCACAUUCGACUUGAGCAAGACCAGACCACAGCUCAACUUCAAGUCCAGAAGGCAUUUACAAUGGAUAUAUUACGACAUAAAGAUUCAAUAGAUGAACUGAUUGCAUCAGCAGAUGAUGUUAUGAAUGCAUUUAAUGAAGAAGAAAAGCAAUCUAUGAAGAACAAACUUAAGAACCUGGUGAAGAAAUAUGAUGAGACCUGCCAUCUGAACGCUGAACGGAAUCUUCAGCUGGAGAGAGCUGUGUCACUGGUGAACCAGUUUUGGGAGACGUACGAAGAAUUAUGGCCAUGGCUCACAGAAACUGAGAAUGCCAUUUCUCAGCUUCCAGUUCCAGCUCUUGAUUAUGACACCCUGAAACAGCAGCAGGAAGAUAUUCGUCAACUUCGUGAACUAAUUGCUGAGCAUAAACCUCACAUUGAUAAAAUGAACAAAACAGGCCCUCAGUUACUGGAUCUUAGCCCUGAGGAGGGUUUUUUUAUUCAGGAAAAAUAUGUGUUAGCUGAUACACUUUAUAGUGAAAUCAAAGAAGUUGUGAAGAAGCGAGCCAUUAACUUGGAUGAAGCCAUUUUUCAAUCAGCACAGUUCCAUGACAAAAUUGAUCCAACUCUUGAAAGUCUACAACGGAUAGCUGAGCGCUUGAGGCAGCCCCCUUCCAUCUCCGCUGAGUGUGAAAAGAUUAAAGAACAGCUCAGUGAAAAUAAGAAUGUGUCUGUAGAGCUUGAAAAGCUUCAGCCUGUCUAUGAAACUCUUAAAAAGCGCGGAGAGGAAAUGAUUGCACGCUCAGAAGGUGCCGAUAAGGAUAUUUCAGCCAAAGUGGUUCAAGAUAAACUCGACCAAAUGGUCUUUGUCUGGGAGGACAUCCAGGCUUUGACUGAGGAAAGAGAAGCCCAGUUGCUUGAUGUUUUAGAAUUGGCAGAGAAGUUCUGGUGUGAUCACUAUGCAUUGAUAGCUACAUUUAAAGAUACCCAGGAUUUAAUACGGGAGCUAGAUGGACCUGGCGUUGACCCUUCUGUUGUGAAGCAACAACAAGAGACAGCAGAGCUGAUAAAGGAAGAAAUCGAUGGGUUUCAGGAUGAGCUGGAUGCAGUAAUUACCCUUGGAUCUGAACUGAUAUCUGCUUGUGGGGAACCUGACAAACCUGUUGUUAAUAAAAACAUAGAUGAGCUAACUUCAGCAUGGGAUAUUCUUAAUAAAACCUGGAAGGAACGGGUUGAAAAACUUGAUGAAGCUAUGCAAGCUGCAGUUCAGUAUCAAGAUGGCCUGCAGGCUCUGUAUGACUGGGUGGACAUUUCUACUUUGAAGGUAGAGUCUAUGCCGCCAAUUGGAACAGAUUUGGAAACAGUGAAGCAACAAAUUGUGGAACUUAAGCAAUUCAAGACAAAUACCUACCAGCAACAAAUAGAACUGGAAAGGCUAAAUCAUCAGAAGGAACUCUUGCUGAAAAAGGUAACGGAUGAGAAUGAUAAGCAAGCUGUUGAGGAUCCCUUGUCCGAACUGAAACUCUUAUGGCAUUCGCUUGAGGAUAAAAUUAUCAACAGACAGCACAAACUGGAAGGUGCUCUUUUAGCCCUGGGUCCAUUCCAACAUGCCCUUGAUGAGCUCAUGACAUGGAUGACACACACUGAGGGACUUUUAAAUGAACAGAAACCAGUUGGAGGAGAUCCUAAGGCUAUUGAAAUUGAACUUGCAAAACACCAUGUACUUCAAAAUGACGUGCUAGCACAUAAGUCUACAGUCGAAACUUUACGGAAAGCAGGAAAUGACCUAGUUGAAUCAAGUGCAGGAGAGGAAGCAAGCAGCCUAAAUAGUAGGUUGGAAUCUUUGAACCAGCGGUGGCAAAUAAUUCUGGAUAAAACAGAGCAGAGAAUGAAGCUGCUGGAUAGUGCCUUAUUUCAGGCUCAAGGUUUCCACGGUGAAAUUGAAGAUAUGCAUCAGUGGCUCACGGACAUAGAACGCCAGCUCCUGGCUUCUAAACCUGUUGGAGGUUUGCCUGAAACUGCUCGAGAACAACUUAAUAGCCUUCUGGAACUUUGUUCUGUCUUUGAAGUUAAAGAAGACAUUUACAAGAGGCUAAUGCAGAGAAGUCGGCAAAUGAUGGAACGAUGCACUGAUGACCCAGAAGCAAAUAUAGAUCAAGAUAUUAUUAACCUCAAAGAGAAAUGGGAAUCUGUAGAUACAAAACUCAGUGAAAGAAAAGCAAAACUUGAAGAAGCUCUUCAGGUGGCUACAGGAUUUCACAAUUCUCUACAAGACUUCAUCAACUGGCUCACACAAGCAGAACAAAUAUUAACUAUGGCUUCCCCACCAAGUCUUAUUUUGGAUACUAUAUUGUUUCAGAUUGAUGAACAUAAGGUGUUUGUCACUGAAGUAAACUCACAUCGAGAUCAGAUUAUGGAGCUUGAUAAGACUGGAACCCAUUUGAAAUAUUUUAGCCAAAAGCAGGAUGUUGUUAUAAUUAAAAAUCUGCUUAUCAGUGUACAAAGCCGUUGGGAAAAUGUAGUUCAGCGCUCAUUGGAAAGAGGACGGACGUUGGAUGAUGCACGGAAGAGGUCCAAGCAGUUUCAUGAAGCAUUUGACAAACUUAUGGAAUGGCUUGAAGAAUCUGAGAAAUCCUUGGAUUCCGAGCUUGAAAUUGCUAACGAUCCAGACAAGAUCAAGACUCAAUUAGCAAAGCAUAAGGAAUUCCAGAAAACUCUAGGAGGCAAACACACAGUGUAUGAUACAACCGCACGGAGUGGACGGUCACUAAAGGAGAAAGCAACACUGGCAGAUGAUAUUCAGAAACUGGAUGAUAUGCUCAGUGAGAUAAGAGACAAAUGGGAUACAGUCUGUGGGAAAUCAAUUGAAAGGCAAAACAAACUUGAAGAAGCAUUGCUGAUUUCUGGCCAGUUUACAGAUGCAUUGCAGGCCUUGAUUGACUGGCUUUAUAGAGUUGAGCCUCAGCUGGCUGAAGACCAGCCCGUUCAUGGUGAUCUCGACAUUGUGAUGCAUCUCAUAGACAACCACAAAGUAUUUCAAAAAGAGCUGGGAAAGAGGAGCAGUAAUAUUCAGGCACUAAAACGGUCUGCAAGAGAACUAGGAGAAGGAAGCCAUGAAGACUCCUCUUGGGUGAAAGCCCAAAUGCAGGAAUUAGGCACUCGCUGGGAAACUGUGUGCAAUUUGUCUGUAUCGAAACAGACUCGACUUGAAGAAGCUUUGCAUAAGGCAGAAAGUUUUCAUGCAGCAGUGCAUGCCCUGUUAGAGUGGCUUGCAGAUGCAGAACAAGCACUUCGUUUCCAUGGGAUUCUCCCUGAUGAUGAAGACUCAUUGCACUUACUUAUAGAACAACAUAAGGAGUUUAUGAGGAAAGUUGAAGAGAAAAGGUCUGAACUGAAUAAAGGAGCAAGUAUGGGAGAAGCAAUCCUGGCAAUUUGUCACCAGGACUCUAUUACAACUAUUAAGCACUGGAUAACCAUAAUCAGAGCUAGAUUUGAGGAGGUUCUAACCUGGGCAAAGCAGCAUCAACACAGGCUUGCAGUUGCUUUGGAUGAUCUAAUUGCUAAGAAAGAGCUGCUUGAAUCUUUGCUGGCGUGGUUACAAUGGUCAGAAAUGACACUCAAUGAAAAAGACAAAGAAGAUAUCCCACAAGACUUAGAUGAGGUUAAAGCACUUAUUGAAGAGCAUCAGAUAUUUAUGGAAGAAAUGACACAAAAGCAGCCAGAUGUUGAUAAGGUCACUAAAACAUACAAAAGGAAAGCAGAAUCCACUUCAGUACAGUCUCAGAUCCCUGUCUUGGGUAAAGGGAGGGGAGGUUGGAAACGAUCACCAACACCAAGUUUGUAUCCUUCUGGUUCACAGACAUCCCUUGAAACUAAAAACCCAAGGGUGAAUUUACUUGUAAGCAAAUGGCAACAAGUGUGGUUAUUGGCAUUAGAGAGAAGAAGAAAGCUUAAUGAUGCCUUGGAUAGGUUAGAAGAGUUAAGGGAAUUUGCCAACUUUGAUUUUGAUGUGUGGAGAAAGAAGUAUAUGCGAUGGAUGAACCAUAAAAAAUCUCGAGUAAUGGAUUUCUUCAGAAGGAUAGAUAAAGAUCAGGAUGGAAAAAUCACAAGACAAGAAUUUAUAGAAGGGAUCCUUUCCUCCAAGUUUCCAACCAGCCGCCUUGAGAUGAGUGCUGUGGCAGAUAUCUUUGAUCGUGAUGGUGAUGGAUACAUUGACUAUUAUGAGUUUGUGGCAGCCCUUCAUCCAAACAAAGAUGCAUACAAACCAAUAACUGAUGCUGACAAAAUUGAAGAUGAGGUCACACGCCAAGUAGCAAAAUGUAAGUGUGCCAAGAGAUUCCAAGUUGAACAAAUAGGAGAAAACAAAUACAGAUUCUUCCUGGGAAAUCAGUUUGGAGACUCCCAACAACUUCGCCUUGUUCGUAUUUUGAGAAGCACUGUGAUGGUUCGAGUUGGUGGUGGGUGGAUGGCACUUGAUGAAUUUUUAGUGAAAAAUGAUCCUUGUAGAGUUCAUCAUCAUGGAAGUAAAAUGUUACGCUCGGAGUCAAACUCUUCAAUUACUACUCAGCCUCUUAUAGCUAAAGGAAGGACAAAUGUAGAGCUGCGUGAGAAGUUCAUGCUACCAGAAGGUGCUAGCCAGAGCAUGACUCCAUUCCGGCCAAAGGGUCGUAGAUCUAGACCAUCUUCAAGAGGUGCAUCCCCUAACAGAUCCAAUUCCAGUCCAAACAUACAAGCCAGUCCAUCAUUGGCUGCAAGUUCCAGUACACCUAAGACACCCCUCCAUUUAACACGCAAUUAUGGUAAGCCAUGGCUGACAAACAGCAAAACCUCAACACCCUGUAAGAGUCCCGAGUCCCCAGAAUAUCAACUCUCAUCUCUGGAGACAACACCUAUACAAGGAAGCAAGCUAAGGCUCCCGGGAUACCUGUCCGGCAAAGAAUUUAACUCAAUAGGAGACAGUAACAUUUUAACUACUGCCGCCACCAAAGUCAGGACACAGUUUGCAGACUACAGGAAAACUCCAAGUCGUGCCGGAAGCAAAGCUGGAAGCAGAUCAAGCAGUCGGCGCGGCAGCGAUGCCUCAGACUUUGAUAUUUCAGAAAUCCAAUCAGUGUGUUCUGAUAUGCCCGAGACUUUGUUAAACAGCAGCAGGCCGUCUCCGCGAGCAAGUCCACGCUCAGGAACAGGCAAACCUUCCAAAAUUCCAACACCACAACGACGGUCUCCAAUGAACAAACCCAACAAACUGACAAAAAGAUAAGGGCGCCUUGCUCUGCACAGCUUUUUUUCAUUGUGCUUUGCCUAUUUAAGUUCCUAAGAUGUAAAAACUAUUGUGUAAAAUGCGAUGUUUGAUUUUAACCCUGCAGAUGGCCUUAAAUGUAUGUUUGUCUUGUUUUUACACUUAUUUUUAUCAACAUUUCAUUGUCUUAUCGUUUGGAAGAGUGUAAAGGAGAUUCAAUGAAACUAACCUGUCCCUCUUUGUGUGUCAGACAUCCACUAAAGCAGUUGUUGAAUGUAUUUAUAACUCUCUGCAUUCUGGAAGACAGUACAGUAUGCCAACCACAGCUUCAUUAGUUACCAAUAUGAAUACCUCAGAAUGACAGUAUUUAUACUAGUGCAAAAAAAAAAAAAAGGUGAUCUGAGCUGAAAAUACAAACACUAAAUCUUUAUUCACUUGAAUAUAUAUUUAUGCACACUGCAUUUAUUUUGCGCAGUUUUAUGUUGGGGAUCUCACAGGUCGGUAUUUAAUCACGUGCAAGACUCAUUUUUCUUAACGCCUGUGAGAUUCUGCCCAAUAGAACUUUAGUUGUGUCCAAAUAAUCGCAUUAUGUGCAUAAGUGAGGUUUUCUUUCGCUUGAGUGGAUGAUAGGUAUCAGACUACUUUUGUAUGAAAUCCGUUUUGCUUGCAAAAUCUAAAUAAUAAAACAUGUCCAAAACCGA